AUGCACCUUCGCGAUGGCAUGUGGCUACCUGCCCAAGACUUCCGAACUGAAUAUGCCGAAGAUGUCUACGAAAUCACCCCCAACCAAGACCAACAGGCAUUGAGCUUGCUAUGUCCGACAAAGCACAUUCGGACUCGUGGAGAUGGCCUCAACCAACCUACUCUUACUCUUGAUAUCAAGGCCGAGAUGGACGGCAUCAUUUCGAUUGAGAGCACACACUGGGCUGGUGCUCAACGGACAGGUCCCAACUUUGAUCUCUUUCCUGCUGGCCAACCAAAGGUCGAGGGGAAGAUUCUAAAGACUGACAAGGGAACCACACUCCAGUCUGGAUCCUUGUCUGCUACUAUUCACCCCGAUCAGCACAACUUCGACAUCAAGUUCCACAGCUCUGAUGGCAAGAAGCACCUGACGAAUCUCGGCAACCGCAGUACUGGCUUUGCCUACUCCCCUGCUCCUACAUCGCAAAUCCAGACUGGAAACAUGGACGAUUUCAAGCACUAUAUGUUUAUGCAAACAACUUUGUCUGUUGGCGAGUCUGUUCAUGGUCUGGGUGAACGAUUCGGUGCCUGGAAUAAGGUUGGCCAAAAUGUUGUUCUUUGGAAUGCAGACGGUGGCACCUCGAGUGAUCAGGCCUACAAGAACGUUUCUUUCUGGAUGAGCAACCGCGGAUAUGGUGUGUUCAUCGAUUACCCUGGCAAAGUCGACCUCGAGAUUGGUAGCGAGCGAUGUUGUCGUGUGCAAACAACUAUCGAGGGCCAACGUCUCAAGAUGUACAUCAUCUACGGCGACGGGCCCAAAGACGUUCUCAACAAGUACACUGUCCUCACUGGAAAGGCCAACAAGGUUCCUAGCUGGAGUUUUGGUCUUUGGUUGACUACCAGCUUCACCACCAACUACGAUGAAGCCACCGUCAACUCCUUUCUGGAAGGCAUGAAGGCUCGCGGCUCGCCUGUCGACGUCUUCCACUACGACUGCUUUUGGAUGAAGGCUUUCCGGUGGACAGACUUCAUCUUUGACUCUGAGCGUUUUCCUGAUCCCAAAGGUCAGAUCUCGCGUCUCAAAGAGAAAGGCCUCUGCAAAAAGGUCUGCGUCUGGAUCAACCCCUACAUCGGCCAAGCUGGUGUUGCCUUUAAGCAUGCCGCUGAAAAGGGCUAUCUUCUUAAGCGUAAGAACGGCGAUAUCUGGCAGUGGGACUUGUGGCAGGCCGGUAUGGGUCUUUUGGACGUGACAAAUCCUGAGGCUUGUGCUUGGUAUGUCGAGUGCCUUAACAGCCUCUUCGAUAAGGGUGUUGAUGCCCUCAAGACCGACUUUGGCGAGCGUAUUCCCACUCUUGGUGUCCAAUGGCACGACCCCACGAUCGAUCCUCACAAAAUGCACAAUUACUAUGCAUUCGCAUACAACAAACUCGUCUAUGAAGCUCUUCAGAAACGAUAUGGUAACGACGAAGCCGUUCUUUACGCCCGUGCUGCCUGCGCGGGAGUACAAAGAUUCCCUCUUGUCUGGGGUGGUGACUGUGAGUCCACGCCAGAAGCACUCGCUGAGUCUGUCCGCGGCGGUUUGUCCAUGGGUUUGAGUGGUUUCACCUUUUGGAGUUGUGAUAUUGGUGGCUUUGAAGGUAGCCCUCCGCCAUGGAUCUACAAGCGGUGGGUCGCCAUGGGUCUCUUGUGCAGCCACAGUCGUCUUCACGGAAGUAACUCGUAUCGGGUGCCCUGGAUUGUUGACGACGACGAUACUACUGAGGAAGGAUGUUCAAAGACCCUGGCCAAAUGGACGGCGCUCAAGACUCGUCUGAUGCCGUACAUCUUCUCUCAGGCGAUAGAGUCUAUUGAAGAUGGAAUUCCCAUGUCCCUGCGGGCUGUUGCCCUUGAGUUCCCCGACGACCCUACCUCGUGGUUCCUCGAUCGCCAGUUCAUGGUCGGAUCUCAGCUCCUGGCAGCUCCCAUCUACGAAGAGUCUGGCGAAGUCGAGUUCUACCUACCCAAGGGCAAGUGGACAUGUUACUUUACCAACGAAGUCAAGUCGGGUCCUGGCUGGUUUAGAGAGAAACACGCUUUUGGUACUCUGCCCCUUUACGUCCGUGAGAACACGGUUCUUGUCCUCGGUAGCCGUAAGGAGGUCGGUGCUGCCUACGAUUUUGCCAACAAUGUUGAGGUUGCUCUGUACCAAACUCGGCCUGGCUCCAAAACCACAGUGGUGGAUGGCGAGGGAAAUACCGUUGCUGAACUUGUUGUUGGUGAUGACGGUAAGCUGCAGGGUACUAAUCAACUAAAGGGCGAUUCCAAGGUUGCGGAGAACGGACGUGACUUGGAGGGAGAUGCCCUUGUAUAUAUUGAGUCCCUGUGA